GAGGGAAUCAGUGGAGGUGUCCUGUCAAUUUGCGGUUGGACUACGUUACAAUCUGAAAGGGGGAGGAGGAGGGGGGGAGAGGGGGGUAUUUUUUUUUUUGCUCGAGUUGCAACGUAUUCUGGAAAUCAUGGGCAAGAAUUAUUACAGCACUCUCGGCAUCGGCUCCGGGGCCAACGAGGACGAGAUUAAGAGAGCCUACAGGAAAAUGGCUCUGAAGUUUCACCCGGACAAAAACAAGGAGCCCAACGCCGAGGAGAGAUUCAAAGAGGUGGCCGAGGCUUACGAGGUGCUGAGCGACCCCAAGAAGCGAUCCAUCUACGAUCAGUACGGCGAGGAAGGCUUAAAAGCAGGAGGAACCUCCAGUGGUGGCUCUGGUAACACGUUCCACUACACCUUCCACGGUGACCCACAUGCCACCUUUGCUUCUUUCUUUGGUGGCUCCAGUCCUUUUGAUAUUUUCUUUGGUUCUCAAGGACGCUCUAGAAUGGCUAAUGGCUUUGGUCAUGAAGACAUGGAUAUUGAAGAAGACGAUGAUGACCAUGAUCCAUUCAGUGCCUUCAACCGUUUUAGUUUCAAUGGCAUGACUGGAAUGAAUGGCAUGACUGGAAUGAAUGGUAUGACUGGAAUGAAUGGAAUGAAUGGCAUGAAUGGAUUUCAUCGACGACACCCAGAGUCUCUCCAUACCCGUAGAAAGGUGCAGGACCCUCCUGUAAUUCAUGAACUUAGGGUGUCCCUUGAGGAGAUCUAUCAUGGUUGUACUAAAAGAAUGAAGAUAACACGUCGAAGGUUAAACCCUGAUGGUCGAAACACAAGGACUGAGGAUAAGAUUCUAAAUGUUGUUAUUAAAAGAGGUUGGAAAGAGGGUACAAAGAUCACUUUCCCCAGGGAAGGUGAUGAAACAGCAACUAACAUCCCUGCUGAUAUCGUCUUUAUUCUGAAAGACAAGCCUCAUCUUCAUUUCAAGCGAGAUGGAUCCAACGUAGUCUACGUAGCUAAGAUCACUCUUAGAGAGGCCUUAUGUGGGUGUACUGUCAAUAUUCCUACAAUUGAUGGCAGAGUGAUUCCCCUACCUUGCAAUGAUAUUAUCAAGCCCGGAACAGUGAAGCGACUGAGAGGAGAAGGGUUGCCAUUUCCUAAGACUCCAACACAACGUGGUGACUAUAUAGUAGAGUUUCAGAUAAAAUUUCCUGACAAAAUGCCUCCAACAACGAAAGAAAUCCUGAAGCAACACCUUCCUAUCUCAUAGAACCGAAAUCCGAGCAAUACUUGAUACUGUCAGAAGUUUGAGGAACUGAGAAAAGGAUCAUACAUUUUCUAAUAUAAUGUAAUAUCUCUUAAAGAAAUCUAUUUUAUGUCAAAAAUUUAAAUCCAAUUCUUUUAAUAUGCUAAACCUUGUAAGCAUAAUAAUGGUAAGUGUGAGAAAGCACUGUGAAACCUAUUUGGCAGAGUAAAAAUCUUAACGCAUUCUGCAAUCAUUUUGGAACAGUUUUUUUAAAAAAAAUCAUAAGUGUCUGAACUAAGAAUUAAAAAAUAUAUGGUUUAAAGCUAUUUCUUUAAAGCUAGGGUUGACCAGUCCAGAGAAAGUUAAAUAUCUGAAUAAUCUGAAUCAAGAAUUGCUGACUUGAAAGUUGAGCUUUUUACAAAACAUUACAAUCUAAGAAAAAUAACUGGAUAAUUGUAAACUAAAAUUAACACAAGUGGGGAGUGAAAGGCAUCAGUGCCAUAACAUGGUAGGGUUUUAUCUGGACCACAGAAUAACUUGUGCAAGUUUACAAAAAUCCAUUGCACAUAAGAGUUUGAAAUUUUGUAAACAAAUUAUAGUCGAGUCUGCUUAAUGUUUACUGUGUCGGACUGGAUAACAUUAUAAAAGUAUACAUAUUAUAACAACAGGGAAACUUCCCUUAUAAAUAUUUGUAAAAAAAUUAUAGACUGUUCUGAAGUAUAAGAAAAAUCCAAUAUUUUACUUUAAUUUCACAGUAAUACAUUUUUUUAAGAAAAGUAAAUCCGUUAUUUUUGAUUGUAUUAUAUUUGAAAUUGAAUCACAAAAAUAACUGAGCGCUAAAAUACUGCAAAAACAGAUUACAUUUGUAUAGUGUCUUUCAUGUUGGGAUGAUGUCCCAAAGCGCUGGACUGUCAAGGAUGUACUGUACUGUACGAGCCUCUACUCAAUGGACCAUCUGCCUCUCCAUCAACCUGCCCUGCGUUCCCAUUGGAUCAUCCACCUGCCUCUUCAUUACGGAUUUCAGGUGCCGGAGCACCCCCGUACUGCUCCAGCUGUACUAAACCCCUGGGUACAACAUUAUUCCAUCUUUUGUUAAUGGCGACCGCAAAUUUGCAUAAUAUUAGAUGAGUUAUAACUGCUCUAACAAUACGUGAACUUCAAUGUUUACAUACCAGCCUCGGCCGGGACCGACAGCCAGUAUAACAACAAUUUGCAUUUAUAUAGCGCCCCUCACGCAGGAUAGCAUCCCAAAACGCAGUAUAACAUUAUGUGGAUCAUAUCAAUGGGCAACUUAACAUUAUGCAAACUCGACUGUAAUGUAAGUUGAUAUUGGCUUGUAUUUUUUGACAUAAUUCAGAAUGCGAGGGAAUUGAAUUUGGUUUUUCAAUUUUUUAUUUGCAUUUUAUUUGAGUGUCUAAUGCAAAUAAUGGUAGAGGAAACAAACCUUGUAUAAAAAAAAGGCCUUGCCAUACUUUAUGUAAGUAAACACUUUUUUGGGCAAGUUGUAAGAAUUUUAAAAUAUUUCUGGUGAAGGAAUUGCAAUUAAGAAGUUAAAAGUGAACAGUUCCAAAAAAUCUGUAACCAUACAAAUCUAAUUCAGAAUUUCAGAUGUGUGUCUAUGCACCGAGAUCAUGAUACAUCCAGCAUGUAGCUUUUUUAAAAAAAUAUAUAUACUUUACCGAUUUACGUUAUGAAAUUAUCAGUGAACUGUGAAUGGUAAACCACCGUCUUUGAGAGGUUAAGGUAAUAGAGAUUAGCUAUUCCACAGGUUCUCUUUUUGCUUCCCAUGGAACUAGUGCUAUUAACAUGAGGACAGAUUUGAGCUGGAAUUUUCAGGAGAACUUCAAAACUCCUUCUCCCACCGCUUACAAACAUUUAUACUAUAUGUUGCAUAUCCCACUUUGUAGCAUCUUUUUUAUAUAUGAGUUUGACUUUAAGACAUUACCUUUAGCCUCUUGUUGCAGUUUGCAUAAUUGAUAGAUAUUUUACCAAAAAAUAUUUUAGGUUUUCCUCAUUUUGUGCUCUGUUAUAACCAGGUUUUGUUUAUAAUUCAAUCUAUUGCUAUCAUGUUUAGCUUAGGCUUUUUCUGUUUUUAAAUUCGAUUUUUGAUCCUUCCUACUUCUUUUCCUGUCACUUACUUACAGCUCUGAAAUCAGAUUCCACGCUUUUCAUAAAAUUUUGUCAUUAUCAACCAUUAAUAUUUUACCAGCUAUUUUGCAGCACAGUUAUGGUAUUGAUCACUUCUGCACACUCCAGCCAAAUCACUUUUAUUUUUGCUUUCAACCAGGUUCAACACUUGCUAUCCAUCUAACAGACAUGAACUUAAACCAAUUUUGCAAAUUUAUACUCGUGCAAUAAACUGAAGUUGGUGAUGCAUGGCUUUUGAUGUCAACUUCAAAAUCUGUAUUUUGUGGGAAGGGAAGGAAAGGGAGAAACAUUUCAGCAGGGAGCCAAGGGAUGAUUUUGUUUCGAUCCCAUGAGGUAAUCUAUAUAUUAAAAAAAAACCUGUGGAAAAGUAGUUUUUAUUUUAAUUAGCUGCGCACUGUAACUCAGGGCAGAUUGUUUUUGCUAUUGAGUAUCUGUUGCUGCUUUCUAUGCUUGAAUGGAGUAAAUAUCAACCUUUCUAGUGUAGUCUGAUAAAUUAAUCUCUUCACCAAAUGCAAACUAAGAUUAUUUAAUUUACACGUCUCUGUGAAUCAUAGCAAACUGCCAACCUGAAAAGUGCAAUACUUGUUCUGAUUCAAUACAAUUUGUUUUUCCUUAACAAUUUUGAAACAGUUCUACCUUUUUAUGUGUUCAUAAGACUAUAUGAAUUUAUGAGCAAUGGUUAAAAGUUGUAGAAUGGUAAUGAAAAUUUGUGAAAUCAGUCAUUUUUAUUCCUAUGAAUUAUUUAACAGUAUUAGUAUAUCAGCACUGAUGGAGCACUUUAAAGUUGCCAGUGCUGGAUGCCUUUUUAUUUUUAACCUGCUGUUUGCACACACACAAUCUUUAAUCACAUUUGGUGGAAUUGACAAAAAGCAAAGUGGCCCCCAUACAACGAGUAUUUUGACAUUGCAAACUUUAUGCUGUGCUAAUAAGAAAAGAAUGAAAAGUAACACAGGUGUUACUUGGAAAGAAUGUCGAGUCUUGUUCCUGAAUCUUAUUUUAUUUUUUUAUUGAUUUGAAGAGACUUUUCAAAAAAGAAAAAUCCACACAGGUUCUUUUUCAAACAUAUAAAUGGUUCACUGUUUUAAUAUCCCCAUCUGUAUUUUAAUUCUACAAAAAUAAAGUGCAUUUUGAGUGCAGUUUUCCUUUCCUGA